CUCUGGAGUCACUUCCGAAGAGUGAGAACCGCCAUGAAGAGAGAAGCGGGUGCCGCCCACCUCUGCUCCCACAGCGUUCCCGGGUACCAGCGGCACGACGGCAACCACGCACCCAAGCUCUCCAGCCACAGCUCAUGCCGCCGUCGCCAGCGGCGCCGACAUGACAAGGCGCUGCAUGCCCGCUAGGCCAGGUUUCCCCUCGUCCCCAGCCCCGGGGUCAUCGCCCCCGCGCUGCCAUCUGAGACCCGAUAGUACCGCCCCUGCCGCAGCGGGAAAGAGAGCAAAGAGUCCUGGGGACAGGAAGCAGUCAAUUAUAGAUUUCUUCAAACCAGCUUCAAAACAAGAGAGACAUAUGUUGGAUUCUCCACAAAAAUCAGACAUCAGAUAUGGAGGAAAUGGAUUGUCCAUCACAGGUGCAGAGCAGUUACAGAGGAAACUGUCCUCACCAAAAACAUCGAAACCCAAAAAAACGCCAUCAGGAAAAAGCCGUAUCAUAGAAUCUUUGAUGAAAGGUGUUAAAGAGCACCAUAAAGACCAUGGUACGCACGAGUCCCGCCAGCCUUGUAUGUCAUUGGUGUCUGAAUAUUUUUCCAAAGGAACAAAUUUCAGUGUUUCUCAUUCAUAUUAUUUGUCUAAAGAAAUGAAGACACUGAAGAAAAAACAGUCUCCAGAAAGAAAGAAGUCACAGUUCAUUCGUGAAAAUAGCAGAGAGAAGAAUGAUAAAGAUCGAGGAAAGGCUAGUGCAAAUUCCAGAAAGCCAGCCAUGGUGACAGAAGCUGACAUCGUCAAGAGCAGCUCCACAAGUCUUAGCAGUAGGAGCAGCCUGUCCAGACACCACCUGGGAGAAAGCCCACUGGGAACAACCAGUUUCCAGAGGUCGCUAGCUUCGUACUGCAAAGAACGAGAAUUAAAGAAACUGAGAAAGGAGCAAAUGAAGCAAAAAAUCAACUCAGAAAAUUCUUUCUCAGAAGCAAGUAAUCUUACUUUAAAAGCCACCAGUCCAGCAAGAAAAUGUAAACCAAGCCAGGAACAAAAUAAACAGAAUGAUAUACCUGGACAAAGUAAUCUUUCAAACUUGGAAAAUGGACAUCUCUCAAGAAAGAGGUCCUCUUCUGAUUCAUGGGAACCUACUUCAGGCUCUAAGCAGAAUAAAUUCCCUGACAAAAGAAAAAGGAACUCUGUGGACUCACAUCUGAAAAGCACAAGAGAAUUUGUGAUACCAAGAGCAAAAGAGUCUUUCCUUGAGAAGCGUCCUGAUGGAUCACAUCAGAAAGAGAAGUUUAUAAGACACAUUGCACUAAAGACCCCUGGCGACGUGCUGCGUUUGGAGGAUAUAGCCAAGGAAACAAGAGGUGAAGCCGAUUGCGCCCCUCCAGGCUUGGUACCUUCUAGUGCUGGCCAUCAUUCUUCUAGGAAUAAUGACCAAAUCCGUGUGGCAAGUACCAAAGAGACUAAGAUACAAAAACCCCACCUAUAUUUACCUCAGGAAAAAUCUGUAAUUAAAAAAGCUAGCACGCUUCAUAAAACUAAAACUGCUAGCUCCGAGACAUCGAAAGAGACAAAACCUCUACCUUUACUUUCCCAUGUUCCAAGUGCUGGUUCCUCCCAGGUACCAUUAAGUGCUAAAAAUUGUACUGUUCCGGUUCCUAAGAAAGAUAAAGAGCGUUCCUCCUCUAAAGAAUGUUCUGGGCAUUCUACAGUAUCCUCCAAACACAAAGAACACAAAGCAAAGACUAAUAAGACUGAUUCUAAUUUGUCUUCAGGGAAAAUUUCUGAGGGAUCUUUAUGUGCAGAAUAUGGCACUCCUACCAAGUCUCCUCUGGCUGCUUUGGAAGUUGUGCCAUGUAAUCCAAGCCCUGCAGCACCUUCAGAUAAAGCCCCCUCUGAUAAGGAGAGUUCAGGCAAUUCUAAUGUGGGUAGCAGUGCACUGAAAAGAAAAUUAAGGGGUGAUUUUGAUAGUGAUGAAGAAAGUUUAGCUUGCAACCUAGACAGUGAUGAGGAAGAAGAACCAUUAGAAUCACUGGCAGAAAUAAUGGCCUUGAACUUCAGUCAGACUCCUGCAACUUCAGCAAGGCCUCCUGCUGUUUCAAAGAAGCUUCAGUCUCAGUCACCAGACUACAAAGAACACAUUCAUAGUGGUACUUACACAAAUACUUUGGAGCGUCUAGUGAAGGAAAUGGAAGACACACAAAGGCUAGAUGAACUACAGAAGCAACUACAAGAAGACAUAAGGCAAGGUCGUGGCAUUAAAUCUCCAAUUAGAAUUGGAGAUCAAGACAGUACAGAUGAUGAGGAUAACCUCUUGGAAGAGCACAGAGAAUUUCUAAAGAAAUUUUCAGUUACAAUUGAUGCUAUUCCUGAUCAUCAUCCAGGUGAAGACAUAUUUAAUUUCCUCAAUUCUGGAAAAAUUUUCAAUCAGUAUACAUUGGAUUUAAGAGACUCUGGUUUUAUUGGAAAAAGUGCUGUAGAAAAGCUUAUUCUCAAAUCAGGAAAAACAGAUCAGAUUUUUCUGACAACACAAGGUUUCCUUACCUCUGCUUAUCAUUACGUCCAGUGUCCUAUACCUGUAUUAAAGUGGUUGUUUCGGAUGAUGUCAGUUCACACAGACUGUAUUGUGUCGGUGCAGAUUUUAAGUACAUUGAUGGAAAUAACAAUUAGAAAUGAUACUUUCAGCGACUCACCCGUGUGGCCCUGGAUCCCAUCACUGUUGGACAUAGCAGCUGUGUUCUUCAAUAUGGGAGUCGACUUUAGAUCUUUGUUUCCUUUGGAGAAUUUUCAGCCAGACUUUAAUGAAGACUAUCUAGUUUCUGGAACACAGAUGACACUAGGAGGAACAGAAAGUGAAGACUCAUCUUCCAAACCAAUUUUUUCAGCUCUUCCCGAAACUAAUAUAUUAAAUGUAGUUAAGUUCCUGGGCUUGUGUACGUCCAUACACCCAGAAGGGUACCAAGACCGUGAGACAAUGCUGCUGAUCUUCAUGUUGUUUAAAAUGAGUUUAGAGAAACAGCUGAAGCAGAUCCCUCUCGUAGACUUCCAGAGCCUUCUGAUAAACCUGAUGAAAAAUAUCCGAGACUGGAACGCAAAGAUGCCUGAACUCUGUUUGGGCAUAAACAACCUCUCCAGUCACCCUCACAAUCUUUUGUGGUUGGUGCAGCUCGUCCCUAACUGGACAGCACGCGGAAGGCAAUUGAGACAGUGCCUCAGUCUAGUGAUUAUUUCAAAGCUUCUGGAUGAGAAACAUGGAGAUGUCCCUAAUACAAGUAAUCUUCAGAUAUCAGUCCUCCAUCACUAUCUCGUGCAAAUGAAACCGUCUGAUUUGUUAAAGAAAAUGGUCUUGAAGAAAAGGGCUGAGCAACCAGAUGGCACUAUUGAUGAUAGUCUUCACUUGGAACUUGAAAAGCAGGCAUAUUACCUGACCUACAUUCUUCUUCAUCUCGUUGGUGAAGUUAGUUGUUCCCAUUCUUUUUCUUCUGGACAACGGAAACACUUUGUGCUGCUCUGUGGGGCUCUGGAAAAGCAUGUUAAGUGCGACAUUAGGGAAGAUGCAAGACUUUUCUACAGAACUAAAGUGAAAGACCUGGUUGCCAGGAUACAUGGAAAAUGGCAGGAAAUAAUCCAGAACUGUCGGCCUACUCAGGGGCAACUCCAUGACUUCUGGGUACCAGAUUCUUAACAAAAGUCACAACAGCAAACAUACUAACUGAGAGAAAUUCACUAAGAACCUUUCCAAGAUGAGUAGGAAGUAUUUCUGCAGAAUCCAGGGGAUGUUAAGAAACUGCAGCAGAUGUACCGCUUGAAAACUGAAUGUGAGCUGGUGAAGAAAUGGCUUAACUGUUACAGCAGCUGACCUUUUACUAGAGUGGAGCCUGUGAAAGGAGGAGAGGGAUGGAAGCAGUAGUAGUCACGUGUAUGAGCUGCCUGCCCUCUUACUGUGAUACUGGAAGCCAGUUGCCUUUUUCAGAUGGUAUUUGUGGCACCUGGAAGAUCAUAGGAAGGAUAGAAGAAGAGUUGGGACCAGCUUGAGUUGGACAUUAGAAACCAAGACUUAAGUUUCCACUGGGUUUCAUUUGUCUUGGUUAUUUUAGGGUGCAAAGGAAAAGCUUAUCACAUUUACUAAUAAAAGUAUAGAUCUCUUCUGUAACUCCUAUAAACCACAGGUCCUACAGUUUCCUUCACUAUUUAGGGUUAUAAAUGUUAGGUUUUUAAAAUGUAUUUGGGCCACGGAUAUAGCUAUGGCAUAGCACCUGCCUGGCAAGUGCAAGGUCAUGCAUUUGAUUAGCAGCACCAAAAAAAUAAAUGAAUAAAAUACACUUAAAUGCCAGGCGUGGGUGGCACACACCAGUAAUCCCAGCACUCAGAAAGCUGAGGCAGGAGGAUUGCCACAAGUUUGAGGCCGGCCUGGGCUACAUAGUGAAUUCAAGGCCAACCUGCACUGUGUAGCAGACCCUGUCUCAAACCAUAAAUAAACAAAACAUUUAAAACAAUUAGGAAACAAGUUUGGUGUAUUUUCAAGUUCUCCCUAAGUGAAAAAGAGUGAGCUAUAAAAUAGUGGCUCUUUUUAAAAUGCCAGAAUAUUCAUAGGUAGUUUAUUUCAGAUUUCUUUUAAGUACUUGCAUCUUUUUGAAAUACUGGUUAAAAUCUUAGAAUUCUGGCCCUUAAUAACAGUAUUACAGAAGUCUCUAUUAUAAAAGCUUUCGGAUCUGGAAACAUUUUCAAACAGCUUGUUUCCAUGUUGUUUGUAACUUUGCAGAGGCCUGGAUUGUGUGUGUUCUCGGGACACUGAAGGGCAUUGACAUGCAGGCAUGCAUACCUGUGUGUUCCCGUACCAUGAGGUUAUUGCACUUGAAACUAGAGCUGCUCUGAGUUCUUAAACACUGGAAAGUCGUCCUUUUAAGAUGGCAGAGGCUCAGUAGAACAAGCUGGUUUUAGCCCAAAGGCCCUUAAAGCCUUUGGUGACAGACCCUUACUAACUGCCUGAAGAAUUCUUUUGGUGGCUAAGUACUCCUGUUAGGAGGGUUUGGUUCCUGAAGGAGAACUCCAGCUUUUCUGUCGCUGUUCCUUCAGUGUUGGGUCAGGUGACUGGCUCUUUCCUGAGCAUUGUGAUGUCUCCAGUUGGCAGGAAGGAAAAUGACAGGGAUGGGGUUACGUACAUGGUUUGAAAGGGGACAAAAUAAACUUUGAGAACUUUCUACCUCAACUUUGAGGUGUAGGAGUAAAAAAAAUGUAAUAAAUUUAUCAUUAUGAUGUCAAUUAACUUUCGAGCUCAUGUCAAGCAUUGGGUAAGUUUUUAUAGGCAAAAUUAAAAUCAGUUUCCAAAAAGCCAGGCCGAAUGAGUCUCGAAGAGGCAGACCAACAAAAGUUUUAUUCUGUGUUGAGUUUACUGGUAAGAAUAUUAUCUUGAUACUACCUCUCAAAGGUAUUGUUGUAAAAUGCCACUUUAAAAACUGCCACUUAAGGUUAAAGAGAUAGAUAUAGCCAGGUGUAGUGGGACACACCUGUAAUCCUGGUACUCUGGGAGGCUGAGUUAAGAGGAUCACAGGUUUGAGCCCAGCCUGGGCAACUUAGUGAGAGCCUGUUUCAAAAUAAAACAUCAAAAAGGGGGCUGGGGAAGUAGCGCAGUGCAGAGGCCCUAUCCCCAGUACCACACCAAAAAAAAAGAAAAAGAGAAAUACAAAGAGUUAUAUUUGACAGAAGCUUAAAAUUCAUGUCUAUCUGCCCAGCAGUGGGGUUUUCACUCUGUAAUUUAAUAAUUUGUGGAUACAUUAUUUGUGUGUAAUUUUAUAAGUGUCCAUAUUUUUCUCAUUUUGCUUUGUGUAAAGUGUACAAAAUUUCAAAGUAUAAAAUACUGCUUAUAUUGCUUGUAAUUACAGUGUGUAAAUAUUUUCUAAUUGUGUACAUUGAUGGGGCAGGGCAAGUGGGUUAUCCAGGUUUUUUUUUUAAGUGACGCUUUUAUAUUGCAGUUUCAACAGAUAACUGCCCAUCAAAUUUAAAACCACUUUGAUAUAUUUUUAUUUAGCAGUUCUAGUAAGAAAAAUCUCUAUUUUUAAUUGUCUUUCUCCAUUAAAGAAAAGUACUUCAUCUGACCUUAAAAGUAAGUGGCCAGAUACCUGUGUCAGGCCUGGUAUUUAUGACUCUAAAAGGGCCUGUCUCUGGGUCUGAAUCCACUCAGUAUUUCCAUUUGGGCUCUCAUAGAAAUUUCAUGACUUUUGUCUUGUAGCACAAGUAGCCCAUGGUUUUUCUCCCAAAUUAAGUUUUUCCUCUCCCUCUCGGGUCCCCAGGCCCUGUCUCCCUCCUGCUGCUGUUGCCUGUGAGUGGGGUGGUGGGGUGGGAGAGGCGUUCACUGCAAAGGCCAGCCUGCUCCAGGCUGGGCAGCACCACUGUGCCAGAAAUCACUGCCCAGUGACCUGGAAGUGGGCAAAGCCUUGCUACCCUUUCUGCAAGCAGAAAAUUAAGGUACUUGUGUUUAUGUUUUUGUGUGUGACUGUUUGCCUUUUCUUACCUUUCCUUAUUCUCUGAAAAUAAAUUCUGUUAGUUAUAUUAAGUGAAGAGACUCGUCGUAUACAAAAUGCACCCAUGUCGCAGUAAAAUAACAGUAUCUGUAUAUUUUUUGUCUGUUUCCUUAUGGUACCUUUGUCACCUUUUAGAAGGUUGGCAUUUUGUUUUUGUUUUGAAACACAAGUAGCUUGCUUGGACUUCACAAAAAUCUCCCCAGAUGUAAAAGAUAGACAAUGAAGUGUUACCAUCUCAGUCAGAUUAUUUGUAUGUUUAUAUUUAUCAAAACAGAUGUAGUUGAUGGGGACCGGCCAGUAAUAAUGUGUGGAGUCUUUAAACCAAGAAUAACCUUUAAAUUUAAAAAAAACUAGGAUUUUAUGAAGCACAGGGCAUGGUGGCAUACAUCUGUGAUUCCAGCAUCUAGGAGGCUGAGACAAAAAGAUCUAGGUCAACCUGGACUAUAUGGUGAGUUCAGAGCCAGCCUGGACUGUGUAGUGAGACUUGUCUCCAAAAACCAGAAAAAAUUUUAAGAAAUGACUACUAACAUGCAGCUAGUUGGAAAAACUUUGAAAUCACAGCCUGGUUUGCCUCUGGGGCAGUGAGGGUGAGGCCCAGGAGCUGGAUGUGGAGCACUGCACUCACAGGGCUCACAUCUUGCUGAUUACCUGGCACUCGAAGGUAGCCAGAUGGGCCUCACUCAUUGUAGGUGUGUGUGUGUUUUCUCCAGGCCUUCCCAUCCGCUCCUAGGUAGUAAAUGCAGAUUUCUCUUUCCUUUUCCUUUUUAAAAGAUUUUUAUACUACAUCUUGUUAAGAGUCCAAUGAAUGUAUGUGUACGUUAUUAAACUGCUUUUUCUCAGUUGAAA